AUGGGUAGCCAGAAGCGCAUUGCCAAGGAGCUGAGCGAGCUCACAGCGUCGCCCCCCGACGGCAUCACCGUCACCUUGCUCGACGAGGCCAACCUCUAUGAAUGGAAGGUGCUCAUGGAGGGCCCCGAAGGCUCGCCUUACCAGGGUGGAAUCUUCCAAAUUAGACUCGUCCUGCCAACCGAAUACCCCUUCAAGCCGCCCACAGUCUCCUUCGCAACCAAGAUCUACCACCCCAACGUCACAAACGAUGAUAAAGGCAGCAUGUGUCUCGGCAUGUUGAGACCCGACGAGUGGAAGCCUAGCUCCAAGAUCGGCGCCGUGCUGGAAUUUGCCCGCCAGCUGUUGGCAGAGCCCAUGCCGGACGAUGCCAUCGAGGGUCGAAUUGCCGAGCAGUACAAGAACGACAACAAGCGUUAUGACGAGAUUGCCCGGGAAUGGACUCGCAAGCACGCGAACAAGACUUAG